AGCCCCUGAAAUCAUCCUCGGUUUACCGUUUUGUGAAGCAAUCGAUAUGUGGUCGUUGGGAUGUGUCAUUGCAGAGCUGUUCUUGGGCUGGCCAUUGUACCCGGGAGCUUCGGAGUACGAUCAGAUUCGCUAUAUCUCACAGACGCAGGGCUUACCAGCAGAGUAUUUGUUAAGUGCAGGGACAAAGACUACAAGGUUUUUCAACAGGGAUACAGACUCACCGUAUCCUUUGUGGAGGCUGAAGACACCAGAUGAUCAUGAGGCAGAGACGGGGAUUAAGUCGAAGGAAGCAAGAAAGUAUAUUUUCAACUGUUUGGAUGAUAUGGCACAGGUGAACAUGACAACAGAUUUGGAAGGAAGCGAUAUGUUGGUGGAAAAGGCGGACCGGCGGGAGUUUAUAGAUCUGUUAAAGAAGAUGUUGACGAUAGAUGCAGAUAAGAGAAUAACACCCAUUGAAACUCUGAACCACCCUUUUGUCACCAUGACGCACUUGCUCGAUUUCCCUCACAGCACACA